CGUUCGCGCACGAAUGCGACGGUACGGUCGUCGGUCGUCGUGGCGGGUUUUUACUCGGCGCCGCGCUCACGGGGACUCCAGCUCGGGAGAGCAGAGCUGACGUUUCUUACGUGAAGCGGGAAGAGAAAGUGGUUUCCGCUUCUCUUAUCUUAUCUGUCACUCCCGCACUCUUUUCUUUUUCGCGCACUUUCUCCCCCCGCGAUCUUUUACAUUCCCUCCCGCGAUUCUCGUCACCCAGUCAUCACCGAAGGCGUACCGCCGGGCCAACAUCCGUGCAACCGCUGGGGCUGUGUGACCUGCUUCCGCUCUAUCCUCGCAGCGGUCCGACGACAGGCGGACGUGCACCCGCAGCUGGAUGAGGCUGAUGGAACCCUUGGGUAUCGCCCAGGACAUCGUGGAGCCGGCUGUGUUAAAACGAUGGGCUGACUAUCCCAUCCAGCAUCGAUACACGGACUACUCCGAUUCCGUUCGGGAAACGGCGCAUCACGCCAUAAGCCCCUUCCCUUGUCAACCGUCGCUUAACAACAAACUCGCGCUAUGGACUGGAGAUAUCUCAAUAUUACAAGUAGAUGCAGUAGUAAAUCCUACCAACGAGACAAUGGAUGAUAAUAGUCCUAUGUGCCAAAGAAUAUUUAGCCGAGCUGGUUCUGCACUCAAGAUAGAAAUAUUUAAUGAAAUAAAAGAAUGCCGAACCGGCGAAGUAAGAGUAACACAGGGUCAUGGAUUACCUGCUCGUUUUAUUAUUCAUACCGUUGGACCAGUUUAUAAUGUCAAGUAUCAAACAGCUGCGCAAAACACGUUACAUUGUUGCUAUAGAAAUGUUCUACAAAAGGCAAGAGAAAUGGGAUUGCGUACCAUUGCUCUACCAGUAAUAAAUUCAGUACGGAGAAAUUAUCCUCCGGACGCAGGAGCGCAUAUAGCUCUCAGAACUAUACGUAGAUUCAUGGAGCAAUACAGCGAUUCGUUAACGUGUGUUAUAUUUGUACUAGAGCCGUGCGAUCUUGGAAUAUACGAAGUCCUUCUGCCGCUUUAUUUUCCCCGAAAUUUGGCAGAGCAGGACAACGCUUGCUGGCAGCUACCGAAUGAUAUCGGCGGAACGGACGGAGAACCUUUACUUCCGGACAGACAAAUCAGAAUCAUCGACAAUCCUCAGCACGCUUUGCACGGCGACGAGACGGUCGAACUUUCGACACAAUUGGAAACCUCGGUCAAUAUCGGCGAGCAUGCCUUUGCGCAAAUGCAGGGUGAUUUGGAUCGACAGAGACUUUUGGGAGAGAGACCUCCUGCCGACCCACUGGCGGAUAUUAUGCUCAAGCAAAUGCAGCAUAAAGAAAGGUACGAGAGGCUUCUUAGAAGGGCGAAAACGGAGGAUCUGACUGAGGUCUCGGGGAUCGGUUGCCUGUACCAGAGCGGCGUGGACCGGCAGGGCCGACCAGUGGUGGUUUUCGUCGGCAAGUGGUUCCCAGCCACCAAAAUCAAUCUAGAUAAGGCCUUGCUGUACCUGAUACAAUUGCUGGAUCCCAUCGUGAAGGGAGACUACGUUAUCGCGUAUUUCCACACCCUUACGGCCAGCAGCAAUUACCCCAGUUUACACUGGCUGCGCGAAGUCUACAAUGUGCUUCCCUACAAGUAUAAGAAGAAUCUAAAACAUUUCUACAUUAUCCAUCCUACCUUCUGGACCAAGAUGAUGACGUGGUGGUUCACGACCUUCAUGGCUCCAGCUAUUAAGCAAAAGGUUCACAAUUUGCCCGGAGUAGAGUAUCUUUAUGAAGUCAUGCCGCCUGACCAACUCGAAAUCCCAGCGUACAUCACGGAAUACGACAUGACGAUAAAUGGCCUGAGGUAUUAUCAACCGGAACAGGUCCUGUCGUCGGCAUCAACGUCCACGUAAUUCGCAGGUGAAAAUCUGAGCAGCGAAGCGUCAAGACCGAGGCCAGAUCGAGUGUUCUGUGCAUUCGCAUGGUGGACUAUUCGUAUUUUUGCAGCAACACACACCCGUGCGCCGCUUAUAAGCGUGAGAACCGUACGCGUGAGACUCGUGACUGCUGGUGUAUCUCGACGGUUUUACGGUAACGACACGGAGUACGAAGUACAUUGUCCGAAACAAUCCGUACAUCUAUCGAGAAAAGUAGCCCGGCUCCGCAAUAACUCGAAGCCGAUUUGUCCAAGUGCCUCAUGAUGGACCGCUUAUCAGGAAACAGGACGAAAGGACGAUCGGCCGCGUGAGAUGUUAAUACGAAUAUUAACGCAAGAGAAAAAAAAAAUCAAGAAACCACUGCCCGCCUGCUUUUGACGUUGAUUGAUUCUUUUUACUUGUAUGCGCACUUACGCAUACGGGUUUUUACGUCCCCGAAAGUACGAAGAUAAAACUUGGUACUGGACAAUCCGCGUUAAGAUAUAAGGUAACCGAGAAAGCUGGAUCGACACAGUAUAUGGCACAGAGGUGGAAGUGUGCAAUUGCUAAACAAAGUAUAUUCUCCUUAUCCAGUAAUAGAGCUAAUGAAUUACACUAUUCGCUUAGAGCGAACAUCGGCUGCCAAAAUAUCAAUAAUCAGUAUUUUCAUCGUCGCUCGCAAAACGAAAAUCCGAAGAAGCUGAAUUACUAAUCUCUCGCCCUUGUACAUAUUAACGCUGUUCGUGGCAGAUUCUUAGCUUUAGUACUGCCUGUGAAAGCGGUAGAAGGGAUAAAAAAAAAAGGGGGAAGCAUUUGACGAUGCCACUAGAACUUAAACGUCGGCUUAACACAGACCGUCGAUCGCUUUCUGUUAUUUUCGUAUAUCAAUCGUUAUACAGCGAAGAGCGUCUAUUUGAUUAUUGUACAUUGUCAAUAUUUUAUUAAUUCACGUUGAUAAAGAGAUUGUGCUGCGCUGCCGCCGCCGCCGCCGCCGCCGUAUUAGCCGCGGUAUUUUCGAUAUAAUAAUAAUAAUAAAAAAUCAUCGGCUACAAACAAAGAGCGGUUGGAUGUUUUACUGUGAUGUCAUGUCUUCGGCGCUCAGCAGAUUUCAUCAAUUUUAAAGAAACACAAAAAAAAACUUUGUUUGUCUUCUCUCUUGCGGAGAUAAGACUUCGACGCGAAACGCAGAGCAGAGCGCGCGCGGAGACGUUACGGUUGAGCGCCGAAGUCGUAUGUACGGGACAGUUCUAGAAUAGAAGAAGCAAUAACUUUAAGAGCUUGCUCGCGAUGUAUUUCGGGAGGCAAAAAAAAGUCGUUAUCCCCGUUGUUAAGCAUUUUUAGCGAUUAAAGAGAUAAAUUAAAGAAGUUAAAACCUGUUAAUCGCGUCGAUUAGCCCAUUUCUCACGCCCGCCGAAUCACGAAUGUAUUUCGCGGCAAGUAUAGCGCCACUCCCUCCGCCCUUCUUUAAUCUUUCGUCAAUUAGUUUUCGGCACGAAACGAGAGGAAAAGAGCGAACUAUCUCGUGCGCUUAAUCAAUCGCGGAUGAGUUGAGAAGGCAAUGGGUUAAUUGACCACGCUACCUCCGCCGAAGAUACAAUCGUCCGUGUGAUCGAGUACAUAAGUGUUUAUACGCAUUGAGAUAUAAACAGUUAUGGAAUUUAAAAAGUGCUCUACUCGUAAUCUGUAUGGCUGUAUUUGGAAAAUGCAAUAAUUGCACUGAUUGCACAACAGUUGGAUGAACCACGGAUCGGUUAAUGUAUUUUAACAUGUAUUUUUUACAACACACACAAAAUCGUAAAAUCAUCCUGUGUGAUUUUCCGAAAGUUUAUCGAAAAAACUCUAUAUAUUGUGAAUAUUGUAUUGCAUAUAUAUUUACUUAUACAUAUUUAUUUAUGCAUAUAUAUUUACGUCAUACUGAACUAAGUAUUCUUUAUAAACGAUUUUUAUAAAAACGGAAUUCUUUAUUUUUACUAAUUUUUAUACUUUUUGUCCUUCAUAAUCCUCUAUAUAAAAAGUAAUUGCAAUUGCUUUUGCAACAUUCUUUACUUAAAUAUCUUAAUAAUAUUUUUUUAACAAUGCUGCUAUUGUAUCCAAUAAGAUCAUAAUUAUUAGAUUCUUAUAGCUGUUUGUUAGUUUUAAAUCGCACAUUCAAUUGAUUGCAAAACCAUUGUGUUUUUUAAAUACAGUCGUUAUGUUCGCAGCGAUGGGAUAGUAUUUUUUCAUGUUACGUUUACAUAUGUCUAUGUUUCGCAAAAAAAAAAACUUUUAAUGCUAUUCGCGCUGCGAAUAGUCGGAAAAAAUUAACCUCGUACUAUUCGGAGGGGCCAAUAGUGUCAAAAUAGGCUAUUUCUCAUUUUUAUGUUUAAUGACCUCAUGCUGUCCGUCCCUGACAAUCGAGUUUAAUACAUAGUGAAAAAUUUCAGGAUGCAGCAUCCAGAGAGAUUGCGCGUCUUGUCAUCUAUAUAUGUAUAUUUUAUAUUAGUCGUUGUUAUUUUGUUAUUCCAAAAUUUUAACUGAAUAAAUUCGUUAAAAAUGUAAUUUUUAGAUAAUUUCGAUAACUCGGUUCCCAUGUGAUGCAACAAAUGUUUUAACAAAUUUCGAAAUUAUUACAAAUGAUAAUGAUUAAUUUAAAACACAAAUAAUUACUCAUUUGUGUGUGACUUAUUGUUAUCUCUGGCAAGCUUGUAUACGAUGAUGGGAUUUGAGAACGAUAAAUACGGUUAAAGUUUUGGCCUUAAAAUAUAUUACAUAUAUUAAGGUAUAUAUUAACCUAAUAUAUUGUUUAUGUUAAAUAAUUGACGAUUGAGUCUAUAAUUAUGUUAACAAAUACUUAUUCGACGAUUGGGGAGAUUCUUAUAUAAAUACAUAUAAUCUUUUAAGGUCCUAAUCUAGUCCCUUUAUCAAUCAUAGAGAAAAAAAUAUGCUUUCUUGAACGAAUAUCGCAUAAAGUUAUUAGUGAAUUCGAUUGGAACACACUAGUACGCAGGACUCAGUGCACAUUAACGCCGUUGUACACUGUUUUAAUCUCAAGGUAAAAUAUCUCGAAUAAUAAAAUGCCAAAUACAUAUUUUACCAAAUGAUACAAUAAAGUACUGAUAAAAAGUUCGCAAUUUAACCAUUUUUAUAUUUAUAUUAAAUACACAUCUUUAUGUUGAUUUACGUGUAUAACGAUUUCAAAGUGCACCGAGUGCGUACUAGUGCGCCCAAUCGAAUUCGCUCGAUCUUCAGUCUUAAUUUUAAGUCUUCCCGUAUUACACUAAGAAGGCCAAUCAUCAAGUAUUUUUCUUUUGAUAUCUUUUACUACGGCCGUUGCGCGAAAUAAAUGCAUGUACCACAUAUAAUUAGAAAACUUGUUGACUCGCUAAUAUAUUAUUAGUAUGUAUUUCAGCUAAAACGUGAAUCAUCGUGCCGAUUUUGAUUAAAAAAGUAUAUCAACUAGACUAGGACCUUAAGCGAAAUUAGUCAAUCACCUGUAAUAUUGCCGCAUUGAAAUACACGUGAACACGUAUAUGAACGUGAAGUGAGGGUACGAUCUCGUCUUAGCACCACGAGUUGAAGUGUUUUCUUCUACGA